GAAGGAGAAGCGUGAGCUCGUCACGUGAGUCUUGCCCACAUCCAUGCGCAUGCUGGAAACAAUGUUUUAAAAUCAUUGCUGUAACACAGCGACACACGUACCGGGUAAACUGAGAGCCUCAGGCGGGGGUUGAAUUAUAAAAGAUGCGUCGUCUGGGCUCCGUUCAGCAGAAGAUACCGUGUGUGUUCCUGACCGAGGUGAAGGAAGAACCGUCCAGAAAACGGGACUGUCAGCAAUUUCAGGUUGUGGCCAGUGAAAGUGUGAACCCUGUUGCCCUGGAGGCCAACAUUGAUUGUGCGCUGGCCACAGAAAAACUUGACGGCACCUGCUGUUACGUUACAUUAUAUAAAGGGCAACCUUACCUCUGGGCUCGACUCGACAGGAAACCAAACAAGCAGGCAGAGAAGAGGUUCAAAAAGUAUCAGCAUGCCCACAGGAGCUGUAAAGGAUUCACAUGGAACGUAGAGGAAGAUUUUAAGACGGUGCCAGAGGCGUGGAUCCCCGCCCACAGAGUCAAACACCACCAUGACCAACCAGUGCCUGAUGAGCACGGACACAUUCCAGGCUGGGUUCCCGUGGAGAGUGACAACAAACAGUACUGCUGGCACUCCUCUGUGGUGGAUUAUGAAGUCGGGGCGGCUAUUGUUCUCAGGCCCAGCGCUGAUGAUGAAGAUGUGCUAGAAAUCGUUGCAGUGCCGCUGGCUGACCUCCUGGAACAAACACUGGAGCUCAUCGGGACCAACGUCAACGCAAACCCUUACGGACUGGGGAGUAAGAAGCAGCCGAUUCACUUCCUGGUGUCUCACGGGAGUGUUCGAAUCAGAAACCCUCCACUGGUCGACUAUCAACAGGUCCGCUCCUGGUUCCAGGAGAGUCCAGAGGGCCGAGUCGAGGGCAUCGUCUGGCACUGCAACGACGGCACGCUCGUUAAGGUUCAUCGUCAUCACCUGGGACUGAGGUGGCCCGACGGGGAGACCUGCCUCAUUGAAAAGUCGGUGCUCGUUCAUGUCGACGGGACGGUUGAUGAAUACAACAACAGCAAGGACUUGUUUUCAUCCUUCGCUGCAUUAAAUGGACAAUGUUUCAGCCGACUGCAGGACGUACAGUUAGACUUGUAAACAGUCAGUGAGGAUCAAACGUCUGUUGCUGUGACUCUGUAAAGGUUUGUAAGUCUGUUGACAGCUGGCAGAUCUGUUCACCCAUACUUAAUGAAGGGCGUAUACGACCGCAUGGUGACAGUUUAAUGUUUACUUAAAGAGGAAUGUGUACAGCGUCAGUUUGAAAAUGACUGAAGUUAAGGCCCUGACACACCAAGGAGAUCAUGAGCUGUCAGUGAGCGGCCGUCGCCCUAGUUUGUGCGCUGUGUCUGUCUCCGUUGCUACCCAUCGGCCUUUUUUUGGCUGAUCCGACAUGUUGAAUCGGCGGCCAGUGAGAGGAAUCUUUCUGAUUGGCUGUUCAGAGGUUUCAUUUGUCUCCAGCUCUCACAUUCGGGAAAGCCCCUUGAGCAUGCCACUGUAGUCUCCAUGCUUUCACCCAUUAGUGCGGUUUCUCUUUUUGUCGCCUCCACCUCUUCUUUUCCACUAAAAGACCAAGUGACAGCAGUGUGAAUAUGGUCAUAACGAGCUACCGCCGCCUGCUGGCAUAGAGAGUUAUUUCCUCUCACAUGCACAGAACAUACGUUGUGGUUGGCCGUCGUCUGAAGUCUUUGCGGUGUGUUCAAGUGCAACUUUUUGGCCAAGACUUGUAGUUCUUUACCAUCUGCUUGGUGUGUCAGGUCCUUUACUCUACAUGUUCCAUUAAUUUACUGUAAAUACUGAAAAGAGCUCUUUAUUGCCAAGUGAAGAAUAAACAGCAAGUCUGUAAAUAUUUAUAUCUAAAAGAUUUUCCAUUAAAUAUGGAAACAGCUUUAUUGACAAAUACACAAGCACUAUUCUACAACUGUACACAUAUAGAGACAUAAGCUACAUUACGUGUGAUGACAUCACACGUGAACAAAAGAAGAGCUGCCUGAUAGGAGAGACAUCACCUCUUAAAUGUAAACUUUAGUUUGAAAAUAUGACGUACUUUUAUUCUAUUUACCAGACAUUUCCUUUCAGUUUUGGACCAAGAAAUAAAAUAAACUGUAGUUACUCAUAAGUAGAUUGACUAUACAGUUUUACAGUAGUACUUCAGUUACAUUUUCCUGUUAUACUGAAGUAUGAAUUAAUGCAGCAAAUUAAAUAACUGAACUCCUAAAUACCGACCUAAUGCAAGCAGCCUUAAAACUGAAAUUCUAACAAUUUAGCUUUACAUCAGAAGCUGUCCAAAGAUAAAGACCAGUUGAUGCACCAGUCCAAAAAUUAAGUUCUGUUAUACGUGAAUCUAUAUGUACUACGAUGAAAAACUAACGUUAUCAGUUUACAGUUAAGUUUGUCUUCAUUCUGGAGCCGUGGAAGCUCACGUUAUAAAAAUAAACAUGCGUCUUUGUGCUUUCUUUA